UUGAUGAUCCUUCCCUUAGUUUUUGCCAUCUGCUGUGUACCAGUCCUAGCUAGCUAGCUUUAGCUUUCGAUAUCCAUAUCCAUGCGCUCCUGACUAACAUACUAGUCUCGCAAGCCAGACAUAUCACCAGAGGGACUACUGACCUCUUCAAUAUGUCUGAGCUGGCUAAAGGAUGCUCCCACUUCGACGAGUUCAAGAAAAACAAUGGUGUUCAGUCCUACCGUAUUAUCUACCAGUACCUGGUAAAGCCUACACCUGAAGCAAGAAAGCUCAAGUCGAAGUCUUGUGUUUGCAAUGUGUGUCACUGCUUCACUGCACGGCUUCACACGUGUCUGUCGUGCGUCUACUUUGGUUGCAUGUCACCUGACAAUCACAUGCAAGUGCACACCAAGAACACAGGUCAUAUCUUUGCUGUUGAGCUCAACUACGGAACUGUCUACUGCUUCAAGUGUAAGGACUACGUGUACGAUGCUGCUCUGGACGAAAUCAGCCACUCGCUAGAACAGCAGCUGGCUCACAAAAAGUAUCACGUGAGCCGACAACCUGUCAUGUACGUGGCCUGGGAACCAACUAAAGACGAGAUUGACCUACUCAAGCAAAACCCAAAGAGACGCAAAGUUGAGCCUGGAUCAACAAUCGGCCUCCGAGGACUGUAUAACCUUGGCAACACAUGCUUUAUGAACUCUAUCCUCCAAGCCCUUGUCCACACUCCAGUACUGAGGGAUUUCUUCCUCUCUGACAGUCACAAAUGCUUCAAUGAUCCCACACAGACACAGUGUGUAGUGUGUGAGCUGGGAAACCUCUUCCAACAGUUCUACUCUGGACAGAGCACCCCCCACAUCCCGUACAGGCUCCUCCACCUUAUAUGGACGCAUGCCCGCCACCUUGCCGGCUACGAACAGCAGGACGCCCACGAAUUCUUCAUCUCUGCACUAGACGUCCUUCAUCACCACCUGGGGGGCCAGACACCCAACGUAGCCAACGGGCCUGGGCUCUGUCGGUGUAUAGUGGACCAGACAUUUGCCGGGAGGCUACAAUCUGAUGUCACGUGCCAAAGCUGCAAGGCAGUAUCUACUACUGUAGACCCAUUCCGAGAUAUCUCUCUGGACCUGGCUCCUAGUACCGUCGUUAACAGAUCAAGUACUUCCAUGGAAGCCGGCGGGGAGACCCUCCUCUCGAGCGUGCCCGCCACCCUCUCCGGCUGUCUAGAGAGAUUCACAAGGCCAGAGGUCAUGGGUCUAGAGUGUAAGAUCAAAUGCAGUCGCUGUCGGAGCUAUCAGCAAUUCACUAAACGACUUACUGUCAAGAAGUUACCUAUUGUCGCCUGUUUUCACCUCAAGAGGUUUGAGCACUCGCUUUGCUCGAGGAAGAUCUGCAACUUCAUUCAGUUUGCCCUGGAGCUGGACAUGACACCCUUCAUGGCUAGGAGCUCCUCUAGCUGUGACAACAGGUACUCUCUGUUUGCGGUGGUGAACCACAGUGGCUCCCUGCACAAUGGACACUACACCUGCUAUAUCAGACAGCAACAGAACCAGUGGUUUAAGUGUGACGAUGCCUGGAUCACUAAAGCUAGCCUCGAGGAAGUGCUCAACAGUGAAGGGUAUGUUCUGUUCUAUCACAAGAAAGUGCUGGAAUACAGUUAGCUCUACUGUGGACAUUAAAUUUAUAUAUAGAAGUCAAAUUUAUUUUAUAGAUAUAUUCAGCUUGUCUACAUGUUAUACUUAUAGUGUUUGCAUAGCAACAUGUAGCCAUUAUAGCACUCUGAUUAUUAUUGUGGCAAUAAUUUAUUACGACUGAGUUGGAUGAAGUUUUAUGAGUUUUAUGAGAUUAAAUGCACCCCCCCAUCAAAA